AUGUAUCAAGGGGAGAAACGUAGGCAGGAUAUGUUUUGGGCCCGCGGGCCAGAUGUUGAUGCAGACGGAAGACUGUUUCAAGAAAGAUGGGAAGGCGAAUACUUGUUUGUGCUUCAAGGAGAAAGACCGGUAUGUCUUUUGUGUUACGAGGCGGUGUCGGUUGUCAAAGAGUACAAUCUGCGUCGACAUUUUGACACCAAACACGGAGCUAAGUACGCUAAAGCUAGCCUUCAAGAAAAGCAACAAAUUGCCCAAGAAUUAAAAGGCAAACUGCGGUCGCAGCAGAGUUUGUUUAUGAAAUCCACAGCCAAAAACGAGGCCGCGGUGAAAGCUAGCUUCAUUGUGGCUGAAGAAAUCGCCCACGCUUCCAAGUCUUUUUCAGAGGGAGCGUUUUUGAAGCAGUGCAUGCUGAAGGUCUGUGAGCAGGUGUGUCCCGACCAGUUACAGACUUUUAAAAAUGUCAGUUUAUCAAGAAACACUAUCGCCGACCGAGUGAAGGAACUAGCAGAAAAUCUUACAACACAACUGGCCGAGGAGACACGCAGCUACACAGCUUUUUCAUUAGCUGUUGAUGAAAGCACAGAUAACACGGACACAGCGCAGUUAUCAAUUUUUAUUAGAGGCGUAAAGUCGGACCUCUCUAUCACUGAGGAGCUGUUGGAUGUGGCUGCAAUGCAUGGGACCACGACGGGACAGGACAUUUUUGAUGCGGUGGAGAAGUCCGUAAGUAAAAAUGCAUUGCAGUGGGAAAACUUGGUAGGAUUAACUACAGACGGUGCACCGGCAAUGUGUGGAGGAAAAGUGGGCUUGGUUGGACUAAUGAAGAGGAAAAUGCAAAAAAUGAACUGUCACACGCCUCUGAUAACGUAUCAUUGCAUUAUCCAUCAAGAAGCUUUGUGUGGGAAGGUGCUGGGGAUGGAGGACAUUGUGACCACAGUCAUGAAAACAGUGAACUUCAUUCGGGCGCGUGGCCUGAAUCACCGUCAGUUCCAGCAGUUUUUGCUGGAGAUGGGCUCGGAACACGGGGAUGUGCUGUACCAUACAGAAGUGCGGUGGCUGAGUAGGAGCAAAGUCCUCAAGCGAUUUUUUGAGCUCAGGGAAGACAUUGCUCUUUUUAUGCAGAGUAAAGGAAAACUCAUGUCUGAACUAUCAGAUCCAAAGUGGAUGUGUGACUUUGCUGUGUUGUGUGACAUAACCGACCAUCUCGCCCAGCUGAAUCAGAAGCUGCAGGGACGCAAACAAGUCAUCACGCAGAUGUCCGACACGAUCACGGCUUUCCAGCGUAAAUUGGACUUAUGGAUGUGGCAAGUGAAACAGGACAAUCUUGUCCACUUUCCUGUUUGUCAGAGCAUGUCAGCCUCAUUUCCCGAGACUUUUUCAUGUGCUCAGUUGGCUACCAAACUGAGCUGGUUAAAGACUGAGUUUGAUCGGCGCUUCUCUGACUUCAGAGCACAACAGUCUGGCUUUGACAUCUUUGUCAAUCCUUUCACCACCGAUGUCUGCACUGCACCCCAACACCUUCAGAUGGAGCUAAUUGAGCUUCAAAGCGACAGUGGCCUGAGAACAAAGUUCCAGGAUGCUGCAAUCCAGGACUUUUACCGUCUGCUGCCCCCUGGUUUGAUGCCACAGCUUCGACUUCAUGCUGCCCGUGUUCUGUCCAUGUUUGGGAGCACCUAUCUGUGCGAACAGUUUUUUUCCAUAAUGAAUCUGAACAAAAACAAGCACAGAUCACGCCUCACGGAUAACAACCUCCAUGCUGUUCUACGCAUCAACCUUUAUUUUGGUAUUUUUAGUUGAUUACAUUUACAUUACAUGAUUUAUGUGUAGCUGCUGUUGUAAUUAUUGAAUGUUUGCAGGUCUUAUGUGUGUAUGCAGACAAAUUGUUGUCAUCAACCCAUCAGUUGGAUGCAAGGCUGUGUGCAGCCUUUUUUUGUAAAAUGCUACAUGUGUCAUACAUGUUCUUUGCAGCUCAGUUUUAUGUUAUUUUUCUUUAUUCACUUGGACAGUUUGAUCCUUCAUUAAUGGAGUUAUUUGGGUUUUCAUAAGCUGACAAAAUUUAAAAGGAUUUAUGUUAGAGCAACAAGCAAACAUAUGUUUUCUA